CUGAAGAGCUACGUGCCUCCGGGUUCUCCGAUGCACAAGUUCGUGAGGUAAUACAUGAGGUUGCAGUUUGACCGUGCAUCGGACGAAAGUUACGAGGAAAAGCGAACGAAGCUGGGCGGUGUGGUGUUGCGAACGAACUCUUCAAUAGAGAUAGAUGCAAGUAAGAUAUACACGCGGGCAAUGUUCGAGCAAUUCGGACAAAUCUUGUACGAGGCUGGAGGCUAUCGAGUAGAAGAGAUCGAGAAGCACUCUCUGUACAAGGCGAUGCACACCAGGCCAGAGAAGCGAGAGAAGUGGAGCAGAGUAGUCUUCAUGGUGAAAAUGCUAAGCGUCGGUGAGGAGUUCGAGUGCGAAUGUGGUUUGUUCGAGCACAUGGGCAUGUUGUGCUGCCAUGUUCUGAAGGUGAUGGACUACUUGGGGAUGACAACAAUUCCAAAGAAACACAUAGUCAAGAGAUGGACGAAGGAUGCAAGGGACAUUUUGCCUGAGCACCUGCAGCACUACCAGAAAGAUCAGAUAACGACUAGCACGCUCACAUUCAGGCACAACCGAAUGUACGUGCAAGCGCUAGAGCUGGUCAGGUUGGGAGAUGCCAGUGUCGAGGCGUACGAUACUUUGAUGGGCUUGUUCAAGCAAGCCAUGACUGUUAUGGCACCGUACGACAUGCAGAGGGACAGGCUGGGCCUGGAAGACCGUGGCCAUAACAGGAAGCAAGCGAAUGGAGUCGUCGGCAAACGGGAUAAUGUGGAAAAAACCAAGAAUCAAGAUGAGGGGAGCGCCUUGGCGGGCCUUGAACCUCCAGCUAAGAAGAGGAAUGCAGGUCGCCCCACCAAUGCUAGAGACAGGCCACCAUACGAAGGGCUUAGCAAGAGGAGCAAAUUUUGCAGUAUUUGCAAGGUACCAGGACACAAGAAGACUACAUGCCCGCAACGAGGAGACGCGCCGAAGGUGCCCAGGAAAGAAGGUAGAUGCAGCAAUUGUGGUGUGGCGGGACAUAGGAAAAACACGUGCGACAGAGUUGGGGGCGACCAAGCUGAUCAGCAGCAGUAGUGCGAUAGCUGAAUUUUUCUCCUAACUGUAGAAGCAUGAGGCUAGAAAAUCUUCACAUUUCGAGAUGAGAAACAUUGUACUAGUGUUAGCAAACUAAGCGGCUGUCCCAAUAAGGUGUUUGAAAAGUUUGGUUUGAUAUAAGGCGAACCGCGGUGUAGCUACAUUUACCAUCUGAUAUGUUUGUCCCAGAGAAAAUACACGUGCGCAUAGUAUGGAUGUCCUGAGAAGCUAGGUUGUUGACAUCUGGCAGGCCAUACAGUGCAGCGUGGGGGGAGGUGUGAUCAGUUUGAGAGUUCAAAAUUCAAACUUAGUGCGGGCGGGAUGU